ACACGCCUUUCCUCCAUCUAGGUGAGCAAAACAGACGACAAGGUCAGAAAUUUACUUCUAAUACUUCAAAAUGUGUGCUGUUUGAUAUGGCGAAGUGCUUAAAAACGUCUUAUGCUGGCCGAGGGGAUUCAUGUGUGAGCGAUUGAGAAAACAGUAACCAUGCUGACUGCACAGAGGGCGUGUGCAGCGAUGGCUGCUCGCCGCCUGGUUAGAGCCUCAGUCUCCUCAGCACACACACACCGCUCUCUGAUCCACACCUCCGUACCAUCUCAAGACCAGGUUGAGAUUCAUCCUGAGUGGGCUGCCCUGGCUAAGAAACAGCUGAAGGGGAAAAACCCAGAGGAUUUGAUUUGGCGCACGCCUGAGGGAAUCAAUAUCAAGCCCGUGUACACUAAUGCGGACUCAGCUGGUAGACCAGAUGAACUGCCUGGAGUGUUUCCCUACACUAGAGGGCCCUAUCCUACCAUGUACACCUACAGACCCUGGACUAUAAGGCAGUAUGCCGGCUUUAGCACAGUGGAAGAGAGCAACAAGUUCUACAAGGAUAACAUUAAAGCUGGACAGCAGGGUCUUUCUGUGGCUUUUGACCUCCCAACUCACCGUGGCUAUGACUCAGACAACCCACGUGUCCACGGAGACGUGGGCAUGGCAGGUGUUGCUAUAGACACAGUUGAAGACAUGAAGAUGCUCUUUGAUGGAAUCCCACUGGAGAAGAUGUCUGUUUCAAUGACAAUGAAUGGAGCUGUAAUCCCUGUGCUGGCCAUGUUUAUCGUGACUGGAGAGGAGCAGGGUGUGCCUAAAGCCAAACUCACUGGCACGAUUCAGAAUGAUAUUUUGAAGGAGUUCAUGGUCCGCAACACGUAUAUUUUUCCACCAGAACCUUCCAUGCACGCCAUUGCAGACAUCUUUGCUUACACCUCCAAACACAUGCCCAAGUUCAACUCCAUAUCCAUCAGUGGGUACCAUCUUCAGGAAGCUGGAGCUGAUGCCAUUCUGGAAGUAGCCUACACUAUUGCUAAUGGCCUGGAGUAUUGCCGCACGGGUCUGAAGGCAGGAUUAACCAUCGAUGAAUUUGCCCCAAGGUUGUCAUUCUUCUGGGGUAUUGGGAUGAAUUUUUACAUGGAAAUUGCUAAACUGAGAGCAGCCAGGAGGUUGUGGGCAACGCUCAUUAAAGAAAACUUCCAGCCCAAGAAUGCAAAGUCUCUCCUACUCCGCACCCACUGCCAAACCUCCGGCUGGUCUCUUACUGAACAGGAUCCAUACAACAAUGUGAUCCGUACUGUGAUUGAAGCCAUGGCAGCCGUGUUCGGGGGGACGCAGUCGCUCCACACUAACUCGUUUGAUGAAGCACUUGGCCUUCCUACAGUGAAGAGUGCUCGCAUUGCCAGGAACACACAGAUCAUCAUCCAAGAAGAGUCAGGCAUCCCUAAAGUGGCUGAUCCCUGGGGGGGCUCGCAUAUGAUGGAGUCUCUCACUGAUGAUGUUUAUAACACAGCUUUGAAGUUCAUUAAAGAUAUUGAAGAAAUGGGAGGAAUGGCCAGAGCUGUGGCAGAGGGAAUACCAAAGCUUCGCAUUGAGGAAUGUGCUGCUCGUAGGCAGGCCCGCAUUGACUCAGGAUCAGAGGUCAUAGUCGGAGUCAACAAGUACCGUCUGGAAAAAGAGGAGACUGUGGAGGUGUUGGCGAUUGAUAACACUGUUGUCCGCGAGAAACAGAUUGAAAAACUAAAAAAGGUGAGAGAAAGUCGUGACGCAGAGACAGCACAGAAAUGUUUGGCUGCCAUUGAGGAGUGUUCUCGAACCAGAGAGGGCAACCUGUUGGCCCUGGCUGUGGAGGCAGCAAGAGCCAGAUGCUCUGUUGGUGAAAUCACUGAUGCCAUGAAGAAAGUGUUUGGUGAGCACAAAGCCAGUACCAGGAUGGUCAGCGGAGCUUACCGCAGCGAGUUCGGAGAGCACGAAGAGAUCGCUCUGGCCCACAACAGAGUGGCAGAAUUUAAGAAUCACGAGGGCAGAAAUCCUCGCCUCCUGGUGGCAAAGAUGGGACAGGAUGGUCACGACAGGGGUGCCAAAGUCAUCGCCACAGGGUUUGCUGACCUUGGCUUUGAUGUGGACAUUGGACCGCUGUUCCAGACUCCUCUGGAGGUUGCCCAGCAGGCAGUGGAUGCAGACGUACACUGUGUUGGGGUCAGCACACUUGCCGCAGGACACAAGACCCUGGUCCCAGAGCUCAUCAAGGAACUAAGGAAGCUCAACAGGCCAGAUAUCCUGGUCAUCUGCGGAGGCGUCAUACCACCUCAGGAUUAUGAGUUCUUGUACCAGAGCGGAGUGUGCGCAAUCUUCGGCCCAGGAACCAGGAUCCCUCAAGCUGCAGUGGAGGUGAUCGACAAUAUCGAGAAGAGCUUGGAAAACAUUCGUCAGGCCAUGUGAAAAUCCAUUCAUGCAUUAUGGACAAACCCACAAGUGUUGAGAAUAUA